AUGCCAGUGUUCCUGGAGCGAGUUGGAGGGGAUCUCCUUGCCUGCAACACGUGCUGUGACGUGGACGUCGUGUUGAGUACGGCGGCUGGACCUGUUCAUCUUCGCAGGGUUCACUGUGUAAUUCUCGAUGAUGAUGAAGAGCUGGGAAACCCAGCGCUGGUCUCGCUUGGCAUCGACGUGGAUCGCCAAAUGGAACAGUUGGCAAGUGGAGGUGGUCUCGAUGGUGAUGACGGAGAUGAUAUCCGUGGUGAUCCUGAGAUCGGCCGUGACUCCGACGCCGAGAUGACUGAGUUUGUCAACGGUCUGCUCAAUACGGCGGGUGCAAACGGCUUUCCGGAAGAAGAGAUGCCGGCUCUGAGGCGCAUAGUGCUGGACUACAAAGAUAUGUGGCGUUCGCGUCUGGGAGCAGAUGAACCUGCGAGAGUGAAGCCA